AGAUACUGCUGCUUCUUUAGCGGUUAAGCCAAUUGAAAAGAAAAGAAAAGAAAAAAAGCAGAGGGGAGAGAGAUAUGGAGAGUAGAGAGGCAGAGGCAUCAAGGUCUAAAGAGGAGGAGACGCUUAGCCCGGCAGCUCUGUUGUUUCAUGCGCCGCAUUUUAACUGUCAUAUAAUAGCAGUUAUGGGUUGCAAGAUUCCCAUCGAUCCAACCAUCGUCAAGCUUGGAUUAGAGCAUACUUUGAUUAAGCACCCUCGCUUCUCAAGCAAACUGGUGAUCAAAAGCAGGAAAAUGAAAUGGACACCAACAACUGUAAAUGUACAAGAUCAUGUAAUUGUACCAAAUUUAGAUAAUAAAAUAGAGUCUCCUAACCAAUUUAUUGAAGACUACAUUUCCCACCUAACCACAAUACCAAUGGACUCAUCAAAACCAUUAUGGGAACUUCACCUUCUCAACCUCAAAAGCUCAUAUGCAGAAGCUAUUGGGAUUUUCAAAAUCCACCACUCAAUUGGUGAUGGAGCUUCAUUAAUGUCUCUUCUCUUGGCUUGUACUAGAAAAACUUCUGAUCCUGAGGCCUUGCCUACCAUUCCAAUGCAAAAAAGAGCUUCUGCUUCUAAUUCUAGUACUGCCUCUGCCUCUGCCUCUGCCUCUGCCUCAUCAAAUGGGCUUCAGAAAUUGUUUUGGAACAUUUUCAUGAUAUUGAAAUUGGUUUGGAAUACUUUGGUGGAUUUGAUUUUAUUUGUGUCUACAAUUUUGUUCUUGAAAGAUACAAAAACCCCUUUUAAAGGCGAAUCUGGGGUUGAUUUGAAGCCUAAGAGAUUUGUGUAUCGCUCAGUUAGCUUGGAUGAUAUCAAGCUUGUCAAGAACAAAAUGAACAUGACAAUCAAUGAUGUUAUACUGGGAAUAACGCAAGCUGGUCUUUCAAGAUACCUCAACCACCAAUUUGGUAAGAAUGAGAAAGAUGGGGAUCGAAAGCACAAGAAAAUUAGUCUUCAAAAGAGCAUCCGUCUUAGAGCAACUGUUCUUGUUAAUCUAAGACCAGUUGUAGGCAUCCAGACAUUGGCUGAGUUAAUGGGUAAGGAGUCAAAAGGGAAAUGGGGAUGGGGCAAUUCUAUAGGAUACAUUAUGGUGCCCUUUACAAUUGCCUUACAAGAUGAUCCUUUAGACUAUAUUCGAAAGGCUAAAGCUACAAUUGAUAGAAAGAAACUCUCAUUGGAAGCUAUCUUCACAUUUCAAAUUGCCAAGCUUGUGAUCAUGACCUUCGGACAUAAGGUAGCAGGUGCAAUAGCGCACAGAUUUCUUUCCAACACAACGCUGGCAUUUUCCAAUGUGGUUGGUCCGCUAGAAGAUAUUAGCUUUUAUGGUCAUCCAAUUGAUUUCCUUGCACCCAGUGUUUACGGCCAUCCUCAUGCAUUGACCAUUCAUUUCCAAAGCUAUUCCAAUAAAAUGACCAUUGUUAUCGCAGUUGAUCCAGAUGUGAUUUCAAACCCUCACAAGCUUUGCGACCAUCUUGAGGAAUCUCUAAAUAUUAUCAAGGAUGUUCUUCUAGAUAAAGGACAUGAUGCUGCAUAAUUUUCCCUCAACAUUUUUUUUUCCAACUUCAAUAUAAUGUAUAUCAACUUUUGACCAACUUAAUUUAGUUGUCUUAUGCUUUUCACGACAUAAAAAGUUGUUAAUUAUAUUUUUCA